AUAGUUUUGGAGUCAACUUCAGGCUCAGUAAAUAGAGGAGUUAGCGGUCUAGUGUAUAGUAUAAAUAAAUGUCUGGUUCAAUCCGACAAAAACAUAACAAUAUCACUAGACGAUAAAUAACAGCAGUGCUGCCAUCACAAUGUAUUUUCCAAAGCCACCAAAAUCUUUACAAACGUAGGAAAAAAUCCAAAGAGCUUUAAAAAUGAAAGAGAUUAAUCGACCAAUCGGCAUGUUUGCUACGAAGCACAUGACUACAUGGCUGUCAUGUGGCACGUGGUACUCACGUGUGGUGCUCGCUUCGGCGUUGCUUAGUAACCGUUUGACAUUACAUUGACGCGGACUGUUGCGAGACGAUGUCAUACAUGUGUUGACAAUUGGACAUGACAUAGCGAAAGACAAUUACCACGAUGACGGACGAGGUGCGACCCGAAGUGAUAAAGAAGACGCAGGACUUACUCGGGAAAUAUUUCAAGAAGCCACCGCUGACCGAAAAGUUGCUCCGGAAGCCACCCUUUCGCUUCCUCCACGAUAUUAUAACAGCUAUCAUCAAAGAAACCGGUUUCUUAAAAGGAUUGUUCACCGACGAAGAGCUAAAUUCUGAUAAUAUAAAAGACAAGGAAGGAAAGCUCGCCUUUCUGACGAAACUUAUUGACGUCGUCAAAUUAAUUUCGGGUGCUAAUUUAACGGUCAGGGCAAGUAAAAUUGUCUCUGGUCAAGAACCGACGAAGACAAAUGAACUGUUGCAGGCCAUUGGGAAAGCUCUUGAUAAGAAA